CACCUCACAGGCAGCAGCCGCGCUGGCGCGCGCGAGUCGUGUCGCGCAAUCGAUGCGCACGAGCGUGGCCUUUGCUGGCUCGCGCCGAUUGGCUAUAAUUCUGGCCCUUUCGGUGUGCAGUUUUUGAUUUCCACCAACGCGAAUGCACAGUCGAUCCGGGUUCGGGACCAAGAUGGCGAACCGAAGCGCGGCCGACCGCGCGGCCCUGUACAACCGCCUCUCGAACACGCCAACGUCCAACAGCGCGACGGCCGAGCAGACGCAGCGGCUCAUGGAAGACCAGAACGACGAGAAAAUCGAUCAAUUAUCUAUUCAGAUUGGCACGCUCAAGGACUUGACGCGUACGAUCAACAACCAAGUGACCGAAGACAACCGAUUCCUCGGCGACAUGGACCGCGCGUUUAGCAACACCGAGUCGCUCAUGGGCGGGACGCUCAAGAAGCUCGGGACGAUGAUGGAGCAGGGUGGGCCCAAGCACAUGUGCAUGCUCAUUACGUUUGUUGUCGUCGUCUUUGUGCUCAUGUACCUCCUCAUGACGGGCAAGUACUAAUGCUAGUCCCAACACGAUCGUCUACAACGUCGAGUUUGUACUUCAUAAAAGUGGUUCUUAGUCG